CGACAAUAUGGCCGAUUUUGACCAGAAAUGAAAUAUUUCCUGCAAUAAAGCUACAUUUCCUGCGAAUUCUUACAUGCCGAUGCACAAAUGAAAACACCACUAUACACUGUAGGAGAUUUGUCGAAGUUUCAGUGAUUGAAUUUUUGAUCAGUGUGUUGAUAAUGAAGGACAGUACAAUGUCGAUGUCAGAGUCCCAAGAAGAAGAGAGCAGCCCCUCCCAGAAUAUGCAGAUGGAGCUGCACAGCAAAGGAGCUGUUCUGACCAAAGCCUGGUCUGACUUGUUUAGCUUUAUUACGAAAUAUCAGGCAGAGCUGACAGUGAAGGAGAAUACUGUUGAAAUUGCUGAACGGGAGAUUGAUGUGCGUAAAAGACAGUUGGAGGAAAUGAAACCGAUGGUGGAUGCAGGGAAUGAGGAGGUAGAAAAAUUACAAGAAGAGAUUCGAACCAAGGAAAGACUGCUGAAUAAAUCACAAUCUGAACUUUCUGUGAAAGAACAGAUGUUACGAAGUGUGCGGUCAGACCUGACCUGCAACAUGGAACUUUUAGAAAAAGCCAGAUGUGAUCUUUUAGAUAGACAAUCAGAACUUGUGCGCAACAGGGGUGAUUUAGAACGCUUAAAAUCAGAAUUGACUAUAAAACAGGACCAAAUACAAAUAAAAGACAAUUUAUUGAGAAAGUUACAAAAUCAGUUGAUGAAAGAAAAUGCUGAGCUCAAAGAACAAUUAGAAAUAGAAAGGAAAACCCUUGAAUUGGAGAGGAGAAAUUUUGAAAUGGAACGAAGAUCUCAUGAACUAAACAGGAAAAAAAGAAGAGAGAAAACGAGACCUUCCAGUGCUGCCGGUGUGAUAGAGAUCCCAGACUCGCCUCCAAAUCUAGAGCUUUCCGUGGAACAAGAUUCAGAUUUCAUCAUCACUUCAGCUGAGACGAAGUCUGUGGUAUCACAGCCAAUGGAGGAGGACAUGUAUCAAUUUUCUCACUCCACUGCACAAGACAGUCACAUUUCGCCCAUGAGAACGCCUACCAAGCCACCGCCAGCUUGGUCAAUGCCGUCUCCCUCCGCCACCUCCCCACAGCAAUUCUCACUUCCUUUGUCGGAUGUUCCGACUACCUUCCAUGACACUUUCCCUCAAAGUGACAGUUUCAAUGUUUCUGCCACAUCAGGAAGCGAUACAUUUUUUCCAUUAAGUGUUGAGGGUGGGGACUCAAAAGCAGGCAUUGACACAUCUGCUGGUGCUAUGUUCUCGGACACUGAAAUGCAGGGUUCAGGACAAUAUAUGCCUGGAACACCUGGAAGUUCCGGGACAAGUGACAGUAAUCAAGGGGGCCCUGUGCCAGUAUCGGGGCCAAUUCCAACUUCAGGGAUGCCUGGGAGUGGCUUGCAAGAAGGAGCUGAUGGAAAGGUUAGAAACCUUGAGAAGUCCUCUGUGAAAGUAGAAGCCGAUUAUGAAGAAACUUACAAAAUAGAGGUGGCACCAGGCAUUGAAGCACAUGCAGAGGCUGCCGAGGAAGUCAACACAACUCUUGGAGUCGAAGCGAAUCUUGAAGCUGAAGUAGUUAAGAAAUGGGUUACCGUACACCGCUGCAGAAUUUGUGAUAAAACAUUCAACGCAGCGAGUUUGUUGAAGAUUCACAUGCGUAUUCACACGGGAGAGAAACCAUAUGCGUGUGAUAUUUGUGGGAGACGCUUCAGCCAGAAGAGUCAUGUGAGGCCUCAUCGAAUGACUCACACGGGGGAGAAGCCCAAUGUUUGUGAUGAGUGUGGUAUGUGUUUCAGUCGUGGGGGGCAACUGCGAUGUCACAAAGCCGUCGCACAUCACACCGGGGUGAAGAAGGCAGAACGGAAAAAAGCAGAAAACAGGAUCGAAGCAAUUGUUGAAGCUGCGGCAACUCUUGGAGUUGAAGCAAAUCUUGACCCUGACGUUCUCAGAAAAUUCGUUACUGCAAAUCACUGUGCAUUUUGUGAUAAAACUUUUCCCACAGCGAGUGUAUUGGAAAUUCAUAUGCGUAUUCAUACAGGAGAGAAACCAUAUGAGUGUGAGGUCUGUGGGACACAUUUCCGCCAGAAGAGCCACUUGAAGGAACACCGAUUGAUUCAUACAGGAGAGAAACCAGUGGCCUGUGACCAAUGUGGACAAUGCUUUGCUUGGACAAAAGGAUUGCGAGCGCAUAAACUCAGCGUUCACUCGAAUGAAAAACCAUAUAAGUGUGAUAUUUGCGAGAAAGGUUUUGCGGAUAGCGGGAAUUUGAAACGGCAUAAAAUCAUCCAUACAGGAGAGAAACCAUAUCAAUGUUCAGUUUGCAGCAAGAGUUUUAAUCAGAACAGCGUUUUGAGGAGGCACAUGACGACCCACUCACAGGAGAAAGAUGGAGAUUUGAAAGAGGAGGAGGAUACUAUGGCACCUUUGUUAGACAGGCCGACUCCUGAUUUUCCAUAGUCCUCAUUUAUCCCGUCAUACCUGUUUCUCCUUACAUAUAUUCACAGCACAUGAGCAUUAAAGGGACAAUAUAGGCAGCAGCUAGGCAGGCAAGAUACAGUUACACAAAGUUGCCAAUAGGGGUCUCUCACAUCUCACAGUGCGUCAAAAUGAUUCACACUUUUACGAGGAAUAUAUUAGUGCUGAAUCUGAAAUGACCUAGGGCCCUUACUGUGUAUAUUAGUCACCUGAAGAUGGCCAAAUUAGCCCCUCUGUUCCUGCCUAUAUUCUCCCUUUAAGUUCAAAGCUCAUAUUUUUUAAAUGAUCAAUAUGUAUGACAUGAGCGUAUUGCAUAUACAUGAAAAUAUUUGUUGUGAUACAUGCACAAUUUGAUCUCACUGUGAACCACGUACUUACUAUGUGGGUCAUGUAAAGAGAUGCUAGUAACUCUAAAUAAACCUCCAAUAAGAAAAGUAUAGUGUCGGACAAUUGUGGAGCCCAGUUCAGGGAUAUGUCGUCACUUUGAUCUUAUGAGUAGUAUUUGAAUUCCGGUGUGUCUGGCAUCUAUACUUGUCCUCCUUGUUUGCUACUCUAUGUUGACAUGACAUAAAAUGAGGUCAAAGUUUCAUUGAGAGUUCAGAGAUGGUUGUAUCUCUUGACAAUUUUUUUGAUAAUUGCAAUCGCAACUUUAUAUUUCAGUCCGAAACAGAAGUAUCUUAUGACAGCAGCAUCUGGUGAAAAUGUCUGAUAUUCAAGGUUCGGCUUCUUAAUACGGGCAUUCAUAAUUUUUGAUGCCAUCCAAGUAUACAUAUUAAGCAAGAUCU